AUGACUCUCACUUUCCACUACAUCACUACACAUACUCCUCCUAUACAAUGGAAGGCACUAGGGGAAAGACAAGAACUGUGGACACCUGGGGAUGAAGAAAUGCUUCUGCAGCCCCUUGAUCAGGGGUUGAGAAAGAUGAGAGGCACUCAGAAGAAAGAAGCUGGGAACUCUUACCGCACAGUGGAUGGGAUUGUUGGGAGAGAUGUCCUGUUCCCACUGAAUGUCUCCCUAGGAGAAGAAAUCCAAGAGAUUGAAUGGAGGUUUACUUCUGAAAAGCUUCAGCUGCUCUCCCUUGGGCCUGGGAACCAAUCUUUUCUUUGGUACAGCCCCUUGGACAGAUAUAAAAAGAGGCUGGAUGCCCUGGAGUAUGCCUCCCUCAUCAUUAGGAAUCUGACUCUCAAGGACAGUGGAUUAUAUCAAGCUCGGAUCAUAUUCACUUCUGGAAAUUUCAAUGUUCACUCCUUCGCCCUCUCUGUCUAUGAACCUAUCCCUGUCCCUCAGAUCCAUAUCCAGUCACAGUGCCUCACACCACUCUGGUGCAACAUUACCCUGGAAUGCCAAGUCUCAGGGCCUGGGAAAGCUGUGACAGUGACCUGGAGGAUGUGGAACCGGCUGAGUUGGCUGAAGCAAUCAGAAAUGUCAGAGGUGUCUCCCAACUCCAGGACCCUGAGUCUGUCCUUACCUGUGGGUCCAUCUAACUCCUCACUCACCUGCUUGGCCAGCAAUCCUGUGGAUCAGAGAAAUAUCACCAUAGACAUGAAGGAUAUCUGCUCUCCCAGGGACAUCUAUACUUCAGACAGGGUCCCACGGGAGCCUGUGAAUGUGUAUUCCUGCCCCUUGAAGUGGAUUCUUCUGUGGAAAGGGCUUCUCCUCCUUGGGAUCAUUUUGUGGACACUGGGCAUCAGGUUCAUCCUGGACAAAGGGCAAAGUGAAGAGGGCCGAGGUAAAAAGCACCAGGUCAACAAGCCCCAGCCACGUCCGGUAGUAAAAGACAUGUCAUUGGUUGACAAACAAUGA